AUGUGGCAACCCAGUACUGGGCGAUAUAUUCAAGGUUUUCAACACAAUGAAUCGCAGGUAGAUAUCUUUGUGCAGUCGAAUACUUAUACGGAUGCCGUCGUAGCCUCAUUGUUCGCGAUUUGUCCCCAGACCUCUGGAUUUAAGUUAUGGAGUCUAAAUACAAGUGUUUAGUGGGUUAACAACGGUUGUGAAGAAGGUAGAAUGGCCCCUAAAAAUAUCGAGUUAUGCCAUAUGGGCUAACGUCGAGGCUAGACAGUUUUGUAUAUCCCUGAACUAGCGACUUAGAUUUGUGACUUUAUGCGCAAUGGGCUGGUCGAACACAGCUUAUACUUAUCACGGCCAGAGACUUAUGGGCGGACUUCUCGCGCGGAGACUACUGACAGCCAAUCUCAAAACUGGCUUCGAAAUAACUAUAGUUAUUAGUAUUGGGCGAGUGUGAUGUUACCAUGUUACCAUGAUAGCACUCCUGUGGCUGUUAACGGCCACAGUACUGUGUUAUCUGGUUAGUGCUGACGCUAGAUGUUAACCCCGUUGAUAGGUCCCGUGAUCGACGUCAUUUGCGCCAUGGGCCUUACUGACGUAUGCAUCGACCGAAUUUCCUUACCAGGUCUGAGAAGAGGGCAUGACAAGCAGAGUAUUCCCCGAAUUGUAACUCAACGAAGGCGAAACAUGUUUCAGGCGCAGAUGUCGCCGGGUCAAUUAGAUUAAUGGCAGUUGGUUCAACCAAAAUAAGGGCCGCUGGCACCUUCGCCCUCCGUCGAUCAUGUAUUGUUAUUAAAGGUGUUGAUUUCCGAUUACUUUUUUAGCGUCGUCUUCACUCGCGUGUUCAGAUAACUGGCUUUAAGUUAUAUACUUUGCAGUAUCAGAGGGAAAUUUGCUUCUGCUCACAGGGUUGGCCCUUUCGACCUGGUUGGCAUUGUCCUCCCGUUUAUACUGGAAGUCGCAGUUGUAUCUGGUUGUUCAUCGCACUCCGCAGAUUGCCUGAAAAGCAUCCCUGACAUCGGUUGGGCAAACAUUAUUGACCACAUUUUCUGUCUCUGCCUAUUGUCAUGACUCGUUUGUCAAACCAUUUUCUAUAUAAUCUCACGAUCUUCUGUGCAAGCACCGACACGAAACGCUCCGUUGUAAAUCUGUGUGAUGUGCGCCAACAAUAGUUUGGCCAUGUUCUCUUGUCGGUUGGUUUGACCCUUGAAAAGCAUCAUCAACAGGACCCCCAGAACUUGUUGCGAUAGCACCUCCGUUCGCUAGCGCACGCAAUAGUAAUCGCCAAACGCGUUAUGUACUCGCAGAGAAACGUCCUUGAGACCUCACGUUGAUAUGCUUGAAAACCAGUUUGCCGUACGCUGAUCGUUCAAAAUUAGCCCUCCAUCGAAUCAUACAUCAAAGCCCUUCCUCUUUUUCGUUGCAUGCACGGUCUCUAGAAGCCCACCUAAUUUAGACUGUUCAUCACUCUAUAAAUUCGGUUUCUAUCUCACAACGUAAUUGCAAUUAUCUGACCGUGGAUCACUGGAAAACUGGGAAUUCCAUUCAUCAAAUAAUCAUCUGCAUUCCUCAAUUGCAGGUUUCUCGGAACUUCGGCAGUUCACAAAAAUUUAUAGAUCUUCUCUUGAUAAUAAAUUCACCCAAGCUGCUGCUCUUCUUAUUUGUGAACUAUUCCAAAUAUAGUCGCGUGUCGAUACCGUGGACUCAUCUGUCCUGACUGCGGGACAGACUGCAAGCGAUUUCGCUUUGCCUUAAGGCCUAGUUUCUACCGCGCGCCUGAGCAGUCGAAUGGCGGCCAGCUUCCAAUAACCCGUGCCUUAGCGAUAAAGAAAGGGAUAUUAGGAUCUUCCUUUUAGGCUAAUCAACCACCAUCAGCCGACGCUGCCCCAACAUCAGGCGUUGGCCCGCCCGGGGUUUGAACCCGAAUCAGAUAAUCAUCUAGCAAAACCCUUUCACUGCACUACAAGGCCCAUGUCCUAUCGGUUCUUUGCAAACAUGUUUUGGUUGUAAGGCAGUUGCAGUCUUCGCCUAUAGUAUUUCUUGGGCCACCUUGAGUAAGAAUAUUUACUUUAGUUUCUAAUUUUAUUUUUCACAAUGGCCUAUUAGAGUAUACGUUUCAAAAUUUGUCGUCGCCACCAUCGGCCGGAGACUACGGUAGUGCUCAUCUGGCCUUUCCUACAAGGUUUUUAUUAUUAUUUCGUUUCGGCUAUCUGCUGGCUCCAGCUGUUUCACUGGUUGACACAUUCGACCCGCGACGUCGGUUCUCUUGAUAUUUUUCGCUGCCCCUCGACAUAAUUACAAAAAAGCCCUCCAGAAACCCUGGUCUUUGUUGUUAGGUGACCUAAUUCCUUCUGGCCGCCAAAAAAUCCGCCCGUCAAAAGCGCAAGUGUUCUUUAGGUUCAAAUGACUCCAAUUCAUCGGGGAGUUAUUUCCUUCUCUAGAUGACGUUCUUGAAACCUAUGUUUCCCGUACAUAAGUCUGUAAGCUAUUCCCAACCCUUCCUCCGCCAGGUGAAUUCACUAGCAUUUACAAAUGAUGGUCACUACUUGGCAGCAGCGGGAUAUGGCAAAAUUCGCAUCUACGACGUCUACGGCGGCGCCAGUCCUCUUGUCGUCAUAUCCGAAUUUACAAAAAAUGUUAACGCUAUUGGCCACAACGCAUCUGGGACUUGGAUGUUUGCCGGUGGUGAGGACAAAGCGGCAAAAAUACUCGACUGCAGGGCCGGUGGCUCAGGUUCUCCAUAUGUGACUGGCACGCGACAGGUUAGAGUAUUGUUAUGCCGGGUUUUUUUACCAACUGAUUUAUUUUCCCUGCGUAUUUUAUCUUUUUUGUGACAUUGUGUCGGAAAUCAAACUAUCCCACUCAACUUGGCGGACGAACGCAUGUAGACUCGUCCGUAGCGAUCGACGAGCGCCGCCCACCGACUGCGCAAAAUCCGCCCAACUCCCAUUUCUGCGUCGUCAUGGUUUAGUGGCCGGUCAAAUCACACAGUUUCCAGAUGGAUGCGAAUGCGUUCUCAGCGAAUGGGUCUGGGAUCUCAUAUGAGUGCCAUAAAAGCCACAUUAGGAGGGAGGUAUUGCCAACUAACCCCCAUCCCAAGAGAGGGUCAUGGUAUUCCAUCAACCGGUAACUUCCAAAGCCACGACUACCAGCGCAACUGGGUAGUUUUAUAAUGUCCUUGGUUGUUCAUGCUAGGGAAACCAGAAGCCGAAUCUGGUCUGGAAUAACCCUCCUCCUUCUUGUGCUCGUAUCCUGUCUUAGUCUAACCGAUUAGAGUUUAUAUCGGUGCAAUAUCUGGCGUGGCGGGAAACCUCAUCUAACGCAAUGACCAGCCUCGUCACAUGGUUGUUGUGUAACUGAUAAUGAGCCUAUAACGGGCCGCUCUGUAGAUGCCCUAGACCAACAUGGGAACCAGAUCAAAGUCCGGUAUGCGUCACGGGGGAUGCACGCUCACAACAAAUACCAGCAUUGGGGUGCUGCGACAGGCUCACGCCGCGCUAAUUGGGAUCCGAACCGAUCCCCCGUUUUGUAUCGGUGUAUAAAAUUUUGGUCAGUGUCCGUUGUGGACUGGGUGGUGUGGUGGUACGCCUGGGUGUGGGUUUUCUCCGUGCCAGCCACUCGCGGCCUCUCCCGCCUCCAGUCUUCUUGACUCUGUCUUGACACCGGUCCCAGGCGGUAGAGGAGGAGAGAGUGCAGUUGAUGCGGCGCAAGCCUACUCUUACCAUAAGAGAAAUCACGCGCAAAUCACCGUCCCUGAUCUCACCUUGCUGUUAAGCAUACGGUGGACAUCGUCGGUCAUGAUGUUCGAGCUGUGGUAUGACCGUCAGUUAAUCUUAGCUAUUUUUUUCUUGCGUGACAGAAUAGGCCAAAGUAAUAUGUGGAUUUUUUUAACGGCAAGUGAGGUAUACUUCCAGUCGCAGGUGUUCGGCCAACCAUCUAUACCCAUAGCUGUAAUCCAAAUGGUCGCUAAACGGGUGGGGCAGGUCCAGCAGAGAAUGCGGCGACGUAAUUGAUGGAAGGGGCCAGCGCUCACGGACCCAGGUUCCGCAGGUAUCACAAUGUGCGUCGCAACCAUUAGAUCCCACCUCGGAGUCACAGUCGCCACAAGGGUAGACAAACCAGCAUAUUCUGCUCGUUUGAAGUAGAUCUGUUGCGUAGGAAUAGGAUUGUAGCGUUGAUACUACGACGAUUGCGGGGGGUUACCCUCGAAACCAGUCGGAGCCCCCAACGUGGGGCGUGGAUUUUGAAUUUUCGAUUUGAAAUCGUAACUCACCUAAUUCCGAUGUGGUAGUCUCCUCUCCGCGGCCCUCCGUAUUCGUUUGGUCCAGCAGUUAGCUACCGUCGUUUUUACAGCAAAUAAUAAUGUCUGUUGGUCGUGUAUAAGUCUCCCAUGCAACCUAGUUAAUUUUAAGACCUGUGAAUUGGGCCGCCAACAUGUCCUUACAUCGUCAUUUUUUCUCGCCUGCCUCCGAGCGUCUGACGCAAAGCCGUGUUUUAGCUGGGCUUUCUUCGAAAAUCCCCAGUCUGGCCACUCCAUCGAAGUCGAAUAGGCUUCAGCGCCACAUAUGUGCCGGCCACAUCACCUGUUUCCAGGACCCGGGUGUCUGCGAUCCCUCCCCACAACUUCACAUUCAGUAUGUCUUGAAGACGCCCUGGACGAAAUUAGUUCGGUUUUCUUGCUUGACUUUGCUACUUCAUAUUUGUUUCCACCCUGUAGAGUUGCGCAGCCAGGAAGACAGUUCUGUGCAUCUUCAGCUGGGUAUUGAGGAGAGCGUUUUGGCAGUUAACAACUGAAUGUUGCAACCCAUGUUAGGCCUCACUGGCUUUCUAUAUUCAAGUCAGAAUUUUGUCGUCGAUCUUGGUGGUUUAUUUCGCUUGGUACUUCCCUGACAUUUGCCCUUGGCAGUUACCAUGAAUUCGCCGUAUUCCUCACUUGACAUUGAUUGUUGUGGGCGGGGAUCCACUUUGCGCCUAAACAGUCUUUACAGGUUGGUCGGUGCGGUUAGCUAGAUGUUGCACGACUUUAUAUUAACGAGGAUACCCCGCUGCACAUACGCUGUGGAUAUUUGCCAUGGGUACAUGUGUGGUAUUCGCUGAUCCGCCCGGGCAUGUUAGGGCAGGCAUGAUCACGGUGGUAGCAAGUGCAUUUAUGCAAUACACCGGCGGUCCACGCCAUACGCAUCGGUGGAUCAGGUGGAUAGUUCUACUUCUACCCGUCCCGGUGUUCAGCUCUCUUAUGUGAUUACAAGAGGUCGCACCCUGCACGACGGCCACACCGCAGUAACCACAAUCGGCCGGCUAACUAAACUUAGUGAGGAGGGUAUCCGACGUGUGUCUUCGCAUCCGGUGUCCUUGAGCUAAUCCUCAAACUCCCUACACCUAUUAAAGUCCCAUGAACAGUGCAAGGUGCGAUUCAUGCGUUCCACACUAAUUAGGGUAGUUUUCCCUCUAAACGAAAGUCUUGACCAAUAGCGAAAUUAGGCGGCCGCCUGGAAGAGGUGAGUGCCGGUUACACUACAUCCUAGAGCAGCCGUCUAAAGGCAGAUCUACUAGACGCCGGAGUGACUUUCGCUAUCAGGAAUGACGUAAGACUGCUGUCCUGCCUGUUGCAGCCCAUCAAUGAUCAUGUAAUGACUGUGAGGCUACUACUACUUGGGAGCAAGCUCGCAAUCGACGUCACCGCCUACCCCUCGCCUUAUCAGUGAUCAGCUUCGAUGACGUAGCGAACAAGUUCUAUGAAGAUCUAACCGUUUUCUGCUCGACGAUACCGAAAGCUGACAACGUGAUCGUUUUUGAGGAGACUUUACUGGUCUCGUCGAUUCGGACUGUAUUACCUGAAAGGAGAAUUCUAAGUUGUCAUGGCAUCGGCAUCUGCCACAGCAAUAACCUCCUUUUGCGGACACGCGCAGAUCAUGAUCUUUUCCUUAUUGGCGCAUUCUUCCGCCUUCCAAAUUUGGAAAAGACAACGUGGGGGCACACAAACCUACUAACGCUUACCGUAUCAGAGGCCGAGGAAGAGGCGAAACAACUUGCACUCGCAAAGCUGAGGUGAUCCAAAGGCAUGUCAUCCUUGUAAGAUGUAGUAUUUCUUCACGGGAAUCAAGUUAAGUGGACUACGUCAUUGCGCACCCAAGACGACACAAUCAUACUGUCUGCGAAGUUGUCGGAGACCCUAGAACGCUGGGCUGAGCACUGCCAGGACAUUCUGAAAAACAAUUAACUGACUCUGCGAAAAGCACGCAAAUGCUGACUUCGAUCGUCCGCUUCCCUACAGGAGACGUUCAGCGUUGAUCAACAACUGUCCGGCGGAAAACACAUAGAUGCGGCCCAAAUCCGCCCAAGAUCUACAAAGACAGCGGUCCACAACCUAUGAACAAUCUUACUUUACUGUUCUAACUGGCGGUGAGAGCAAAGUCCCCAAGACUUCCAAGUUUCAACUAUCGUCCAUCUGCACAAAUGUCAGAGUAACUAUCAAAUCACUGACAACUCCAGCACCGUUGAUAAGACCUUUGUUUGCCUGUUACUCAUUAGCCUGAACGCGUUUUUGGAGCAGGGGCUCUUUCCACUUUCGCUUGUCUGAUGAAGGCUUUCGACGCAGUGAGUCAGGACAGACUCAGGAGAAUCAUACUGAAAUUCAGAUGCCCGAAACGAUUUACGCAAAUGAUGAGACGGCCACACAACUGGUUGGUGAUGCUCGUCAUGGACAAUAGGGCAAUGUCCACGAUCUCUUGUUUAGGAGGACUGCGCCCUCAACAACUCGAGGAAAGAGGACAUACAACGAAGUUUAGACUUCUUCGCCUUCAGAUGUUUGAAUUUCGGAAUGGCGAUUAGCACGAAUAUGACUGUGUUUUCUGCACAAACCGGUGCCAAAUCGUGGAUAUAACUCGCUAAGUAUAAUUGCCACUGGAACUCACUUCGCAACAAUGGGAAACUUCACGUGACAUCUCAAGAGAUGUCAAGAUCGAUGACGAAAUUGCAAGUCUCUCAUGUCGCCUCAGCCAAUACGCCAAACCUCCUCGCCACUUGACUGGAAUGCUCGGACAGUCGACCGGCGCCUGACGGGGAGGAUGAAGCAUGAGACCGACACGGCAAGCCAGCGUAUUAUUGACUAUGGUAGAUCUGGCAUGCUGAGACCUUCAACACCGCGGUUGUGACAGCCUGGCUCUCAGCCCCCCAGUCCGCCACUUCACACAACUGGACAGACUGCGUGGACUGAGUUGGGGCGUCUGUCGGCUACCUUCCGAGCCACGGCGCUCGACGUACCGUGGCAGUCUCAGACUCCGAUCACACAUGCAGCGGGGGAGCCGCAUGGAGACGGAGCCGAGACGCAGACUUCCCACUUGCGUGGGAGAUGGCAGUUGGGUGAUGUUGAUGUGCGGUGAGAUGCCGGUGGGGGAGGAUGUGAUGGUAUGGUGCGGCUGGCGGUUGUCUACCGCAGGCCUUCGUGGACGCGCAUGUGGUCUAAUAGACUCAUGUGGUGAAUCAAUGUGUUAGUGCAAUGUGGACAUUUGAGACGGAUGCGGCGAGUGUAUGUGGGUGCUCCAGGCACAUGUUCGCCGGUCUCUGUGCAAUGGAUUCGCAAGUGACCGAUUAGGACGAUGCGUGAGGUAAAUGUACGGUGACAGUGUGAGCAUGUGAAGUCGGCGGUGUCAGUAUCAGCUUCGGUGAUGGUGAUUGUGGAGCUGGUGAUGAUGGCUGCUCUGGGCGAUGGUGCGUGGGUUGGGCCGAGCAUUGUGGGUGUGCAAGAUGUACUGAGUGUGAUGGAGCUGGCGACGGUGGGCGUGGUCUGCGAAAUGUGGGAGGAGCUAGGCAUGGUGGGUGUGCUGAGUGUGUCAGGGCUACGAUCAAUUCCGCUCUCGUGGAUACACAUGUGGCCGAAUAGGCCCAUGCGGUGCAUGAACAUGCGAGGACAGUGUGGACAGUGGAGGCUGAUGCGGCGGGUGUAGGUGGGUGCUUCAGGCGCUGGUUCGCCAGUCUCUGCGCGAUGGAUUUGCAAAUGACCCCACCAGGCCGAUGUGUGGGGUGAAGGUACGAUCAGAAUGAGGACAGGUAUAGACCAGGUCCUCAUCACUGGUGUCGAUGGUGGUGGUGUUUGUGUAUAGUGGUGUGCCAAUGUUGUGUGCAGUGUUGAUGGGCAUGGCAGACGCCACGGCGGUAGACGUUGAGGCGGUGAAGGAGUAGGAGAGAGGACGGUAGUGGUGGUUCGAAAGGGUGGUCAACGUUAGUUGACGGCGUUAGAGGCGAGGAAGAGGUGGAUGGGGAGACGACGAUUGGUUUAGUUCGGGUGCCGCAGUUAGUCCGGAGGUGUGCAACAAGUCCAAUUGGCGCCCGAACUGUCCGUUGACAUCAUAGACUUGUUGGAGGCAGUUGGGCGUUGACGUUGUGGGCCGGCGGUGGCAGUUGAGAUUUGCGUGUCUUGUGUUCGGCUUUGGCGAGGGUGAUGUAGUUGGCUUGAACUAUUGCUGCGCCCGUCUUUGCUGUUCUCCUCGACCGGUGCCGAGCGAGGUCUCCCCAGUUUACCAGGUUGAUCUUCAGGUGCUUCAGGGAGGUUUUCAGAGUAUCCGUAUAGCGCUGGACUUAACCUCCAUACCAGCGUGAAGCCGUCGCGACAUCUCCAUAGAAGAGUCUUUUGGGUAGCCUUCCGUCGUCCAUUCGUACGAGUUGGCCGCUUCAGCGUACUUAUAGUUGUCUUAGCAUAGCGUAGAUGCUGAGGAUUUCAGUCUGUUCCAGUACGUCCGUGUCUGGGAUCCUAUCCUACCAUCACAGCUUAAGUAUUCGACGAAGACAACUGAGGUGGAAGUGGUUGAGUCCACGCGCCUGCUUCAUAUACACCGUCCAGGUCUCUGCACCAUGCAGCAAUGUCGGUAGGAUGAUGGCCUUAUACGUCUUCAGUUUCGUGCUGAGUUGUAGCCCGUGACGGUUCCAAACUGUGUUUUGAAGACGACGAUAGCUAGGCUGGUUUUGGAAAUCCAGCGAGCCAUUUCAUCGUCGAUUUUGGUGGCGCGGGAGAGGGUGCUGGCAAGAUACGUGGAGUUGUCCACCACUUGCAGUUGGGCUCCGUUCGCGGUGAUUUGGAGUGCGACGUAGGCAGCGUCGGGUGGCGGUUGGUGCAUGGCCACCGUCUUCUCCGUGUUGAUGAUGAGGCCGAAGUUCUCGCAGGCCGCGGCGAAGACAUCCAUGUUCCUUUGCAUGUCUACCUCAGCAGUUUCGUUGAGGGCGCAUUCGUCGGCGAACAGAAGUUCGUGGACGGUGGUUGUGAUGACCCAGUGCCUGGAGCACCAAACUACACCAGAUGCCAUCGCCUGAGCUGCCUACACUGCCGGCGCGCAUUCACUCACUUCAUGGGCCUAUUAAGCCACAGGCAUCUCCAUGAAAACCUGCGGUUGAACACCGCCGGCUACAUCAUACCAUCACACCUCACCAGUACCUACACCACCAAUGGCCACGCCCAACAUUACACAGCGCAAGCAUGUCAUUGGCACCUCUCACGAAAGGGGGAAGUGUGUUCCUCGGCUCCUUUUCCGUGUAGUCCCUCCCUGCUGCAUGUUUGAUCCGAGCCUAAGACUAUCACGGUACGCUAAGCUCUGUGGCUUGGAAGCUCGCUAACAGACGAGAUAACUCGGGCCUCGCAGUCAGCCCAAUGUGUGUUUGUGUGGAGUGAUCAACUGGUGGACUGAGAGUCAGACCGCAAUGGCUCCAUCCUAAUAUGGCCAAUAUGGCACUCCCUCUCAGUGGGACCUGGUCCGCCCCUAGUCAGUGCGCGUUGUAGACCAAGGGGUGUAGUGGCACGCCUAGGUGCGGGUUUACUCCAUGCCAGCCAUCUGCGGCCUCUCCCGCCUCUGGUUUUCUUGACGCUGUCUUGACGUCGGGCCUAGGUGCGGGAAGGGGAGGGAGUGUGAUAGAUGCAGCGAAAGUUCACUGCCACUAUAACCUAAUUCACGCGCAAUUCACCAUCCCUUUUCUCAUCCUGCUGACGAUUACACGGCGGUCAUCGUCGAAACUGACGGUCUAACUGUCGAUAUGGCCUGUUUACCUCUACCGGCCACUGAAUCCGCGCCCAUAUCUGGUCCUUUUGCCAUCAGAGCCAGGUGUCGUAGGAGGAAAAAGUGGGGUGGCUGCAUCGCGAAAGUGUACUUCUCUGUAAACAAUUUCAGCGCAAGUCAUCCCUGCACCGGCCCAGUGGACGUCGUCGUUUGGGGCAAUCGAACUAUCGUAAUUGACAAGUAAACAGCUUUUUUGUAACUGGUUGGCUUUACUUCCUGCACGCACGUCCGCGUCCAGCUUUGUUAUUUUCGCAAUGUCGCACGCUCCUCAUUCAUCCGUACCACAUGGUCUAGUUGACUGAGAUGGCACACUCGACGGGUAAUGUAAAAUACGCACCACUGAUGUAUUUCUGCAUUGCUCACCAGAUCGCACUAGUUUACUGCUUCAUUGUCAAGUAGACAGUUUUCUCGCAUUUUGGUUAUCCAACGGAGCUUUCGGUCUCCAUCAGCGUGCACCCAAGCCCUUUGUUGUAAGCUCUUCCCCCUAACCGUUAUGUGGAUACCUUGUCCUCGGCUGAUGCAGCACUCCUUCGUCUUGGCAGUAGUCAGUCAAAAUGAACAAGCAUGCGUAUGCUUGCCAAAUGGUCAACCGAACUGCUCCAUGGGAAUUUUCGCAACUCUUACAGUAGUCGACCCCGUUGCUGACCGGGCUUUUUCCUUGGUGGAGCGCCUGGUGGAAAUUUUAGGAGCCGCCAACGAGCUGCACCUGUAAAUUACCAGGACUGAUUACUUUAAGAUCCUGUAGUCAAUGCGAUAAAACGGUGGUAGAAAUUGCUGAUUUUCUUAUACAGACUGGCGCUUGAGUAAGCGGCCAGUAUGUAACGACCAAAAAUCCAUAUAUCGGACAGCGGUAGUUUGAUUGUCGUGCUACUCCGACGUCUGUUCUUAUGUAGGCAGCUUGUAAAUUGCACGUCCAACCUAGAUUUUUUCCACUUUUUUCAAUAAGGAUUCUCAAAGCUGCUUUACUGACCCCUCAGUUGGAUUGACUAAGUUAGCGUCUAAAUGCGAAAAAGCCUGUAGCUCACGAGGCGUUCUGCGGCGAAAGCAAAGCUGUGGCGAGUGUUCUUCACAUAGCAAGCGGCCUACAGGCCAUGUCCACUGCCUAACGCAUCAGCCCAUCCCUACUGUAUUCACGUUGCCAAUGGACGACCUUCUAGCAUCUUGUGUUUUGGAGGAAAAAUGAACACACUCGUUGCUGCAGACAACGGCAGUCUGUCGCUUCUUGCUCUCCACUCGUCUAAUCUCUCCUCUUUCUGGGUGCCGAUUGCAUGCCCGCAAAGCAUGGGACAGCGUAUAUUGCUGCCUGCAGGAUAGCGCAAUUUCUUUGCCCAAGGACCCGACCGCCACACGCAUUAUUCACUAAAGUCUAAGCCCUCCUUUCGUCCGUCUACGUACACCCCGUCUUUCCCUACAAAAUUUCUCUUUCCCCAACGUCCCUCUUGAUUUUCCUUGUAAAAACCAAAAGUAAUAGGAGAUUCGUACAAUUCCCUGCCUCCGUAUGACGCUUAUUCCCCUGAACGGCAUCUUCAACCUCUUGCAAGCCGUUUUAGACCAUCCAGCGUGCACUGCGUUUAUAUCUAAUUUUUCUGCCUCUCCGUCAGUGCGGCUCAAGCAUCAACUCAAUGGCCCUCCAUCCGAAUCAGCUGGAGAUCCUCUUUAGCACCGAUAAAGGUGAGGUCUAUGUGUGGGACCUACGAAACGGUCGGACCGCAGUCCUCUGUCCUGACGCACGUGAGGGACCCAUUCACUCAAUCGGAAUCAACGCUGAGGGCACUUCGUUGGCCGCGGCUAAUACUGCCGGCAGCAUCAUCGUUUGGUCCCUAGGCGGUAAUUCGGCCUUCAAACACACUGAGAAGGUUAGUUGGGCUUUCAUACUCCCUGCUCGAAUAACCGGCUUGCAACUGCCUAAUGACGUGACAUCAUAACUCUGCAGAAUCACACCCCGUUUGAGUAGAUCCGUUUCUUUGUAUCUUGCCAAUAUUUUAAACCUAGGUGCUAAGGAAUAUGCACGAGAAUGAGUUUAGUUUUGUUCCAGUUCCCGGUCUGUGUCACGUCUUGAGAAUCUUCAGUUGUCGGUCUAGACAGGUUAAUUCAACACCAAGGGGCCUGCAUCACGUGCACUGUCAUCUUAACCACCGCCACCGUUACCAUCACCAACAUCAAAGCAACCUACAGCACCCGUAGCUUUCCCGAUGUACAGUAGGUGAGCCAACUCAUGAAAUGUCAACCAAAAUUCCGAACUGCGUUUUAAUUUCGAAAAGAUUAAUUAAGUAGGGUUGUAAAACUAACGAUCAUACAGCAUAAUUCUAUAAUGGUUCAGUUAUCUCGGAAUGCCGGUUUUCGAACUAAUUUCUUUCCAGUUGCAUGCAAAAACCAUACUCUGCAAAAAAUGACUACUUAUAUAGCAUGCGUUUUUUUCGUUGGUUUCCGAUGCUCUUAAAAAUUAAAUUAUCUUUUACGGAAAACAUCCAUCAAAAUAUUCAAUCUCUUGCCCAUUCGGUAGAACAUUACCUCUUCUUCCAAUAUCAUACUCGAAAGAAAGGUAUAAUUCGGUUUUCAAAAACUUCCAAUUCCCGAAUAAUUUUGAACCCGACCUGCUGUUACACUCGCAUUCAGGUUUUCCAAACUACAAGCCAUAUAUUUUCCGCGUACAGAAAACUAUACAUUUCUCUACGGUAUUAAGAGGAGACCAUAUGUGGUUUGUGAACUUUAGCAGUGGAUUUCAGCUACGUUGUUAAGUUUGCGAACCACAUUGGUAAAUGCAGUGACAUGACGUUUUAUGAACGGCGAUUUCACGGUAUUAAAAGGUCUCACAAUCAGAUACUUUUUUAAAACCGAAGUACACUCUUCUUUCGAGCGUAAAUUUGGAAGAAGACGUCAUUUUCUGCCUAAUGAGCAAGAGACUGAAUAUUUAUAUGCAUGUUUUCCAUGAAAUGUAAUUGAGUUCUUACGGGCAUCCAAAAUCAAUGAGAGAAAUGCAUGCUACUUAAGUAGUCAUUUUUACAGAGUAUAGUUUUUGCAUGCAGCCGGAAAGGAGUUCAUUCAAAAGCCGGCAUCCUGAGGCAGCUGACCUAUUGUAGCAUUAUGCUGCAUGAUAAUUAAUUUUACACCUCUAUUUAAUUAAUCUUUUCGAAACGAAAAUGCGUUUCUAAAUUUCGGUUGACAUUUCAUGAGUUAGCCCACCCACUGUGGUGGUAGAAUUCAUUUUAAGUUAGGUGCACACAGUGAUGAAUCAUUUUAGCCUUUCAAAACCUAGUCAAUAUGAACUCUUCCUACUGAGCCUUUGAAAGCUUAAUGAGUAAACUUGCCAGCAGUGAUAGUGACAACGAAGAAACGAUGAUGAAUGUGGUGGCGGCGACGACGACGACGGUAAUGUCGACGAAGAAACUGUAGUAGUUAUGUUUUUCUUUCUCAGCGUUCACCACACUUUGGGUGCUUUUAUGACAAUUUCAACUGUCAUGCUGUUAAUUGAUCAUCACGCCUCUACUUUUGCUGCUCACAACUUCAACAGCAUCGUGGCAAAGUUCACACCUCCUACGCCCUGAAGGUGGAGUUCUCGCCAGAUAGCACCCUGUUGGCGACCUGCGGUGCCGACGGAAAGGUGAACCUCCUGAAAACGGCGGAUUUUAGCGUGACGAGUAGUCUGCAAGCCAGCAGCAGCACCGGUCGCCACUGGGCAUGGGACUGCGCCUUCUCCGCGGACUCCCGCUUCCUUCUCACCGCCUCUUCUGACGGCGUUGCCCGACUCUGGGACCUGGAGACCAACGAGGUGCGGUUGGAGUACAAGGGUCAUCAGCGUGCUAUCACCUGUCUGGCCUUUAGGGACCAGUCGCUGGCCGAUUGA